ACACACACGGCAGCGGCCUCAGUGCUCAGCUAUUCAUUCCCAGGACGUGCCUCAUUCCCAGCAGAGCUCGGCCACUUAUAAAAGCUUUCAGCCCCAGCUCUGUCCUCAGGACUCCGACUCCCUGCUCAGCCCGUCCGUCUCCGCUCGCAGGGAUGCUCUACCAGAAAGGCGGCACCGACCACGACCUGUGCCAGCCCUCCCCGGGCUGCGGCCAGAAGGGCUGGACAUGGCCCAGCUCCACCGGGCACUGCCACGACUCCCCCAAGAUCUGCCACAACCCCGGCAGCCUCAGCCACGACAGUGAGGGGUCCUGCCAGAGCCCACCCCAGGGCUGCCACUCUGGCCAGCUGUGCCCACCGCAGCCCAACUGCUGCCCGGCCCCGCAGAGCUGCAAGCCCCGGCGGCGGGUGGAGGUGAGCCCGGUGCCCCCCGUGUGCCCCCCGCCCGUGAAGAUCCAUCGCCGGCCGCUGGAGCAACACCGCCCGUGCCAGCCCUGGCCGGAGCCCGAAUCCUGCGGGAAGCCCCGGAGGCGAGUGGAGCAGUGUCCCGAGCAGGAUGAGGAGCCCCCGGUGGUCCUGCAGCCGCGGCCGCUGCAGCAUCGCUGUCCCUGCAUCCAGCGCUGCCCCCGGCCCGUCCCCUGCUGCCCUCGGCCCAUCCCCUGCUGCCCCCGGCCCGUCCAGCGCUGCUGCCCGGCCGCUGUCCCUGUGCCACCACACCCUGGCCACCACCAGCAGCACAAGCAGGUCACUCUGGUGCCAGUCUGUGUGAAGAGCUGAGCCCAGCGAGGCGCCGGGACCCCUCCCCAGCUCCUACCCCCUCAUGGCAGGGCUGGGGGGGAUUCACCCCCUGCCCAAAGGAUGCUCCCAGCCCCGCUCUGGGCCCGUUCCUGCUCUUUGCAGAUCAGAUUUGGGGUCCGCAAUCCCCCGCUUGGCCCCAGCAGCCACACUUUAAAUUCCCAGCAUCCUCCCCUGCCUGGUUUGGUUUUCCCUGGGGAACAGCAGCUGGGUGUUCCCCCUUCUGAGGAGCACUGGGAGAUGGAGGAGCCGCCACGGAUUCACCUUCUCCCGGCGGUUCACCGGACUGUGCUUUCAAGGCUGUUUGAAAGCAGCACCAGGACUUUCCUGGGAAGAAAAAGGAAUCACUGUGACGGCAGGAGCACCAAGGACUCCUGCGAUUUUAUCUCCUCCCCGUGUAUUCAAGAAUAAAGUUGAAAAAUAUUUAGCAAA